UUUCUGUGACAAACUCCUUUAAUAAAGGGCUUGAAAACAUUCAGAAGUCUGCAGCUGCCUUCUUCCAGCCAGUCGUGGGACCACAGGCAAGUUCUGUAACCCUUCAAAUGUCUCACCUACAAAAUGAGGAAGGCAAUGCCCACUCACGGGGAUGUCGUGACCAUUGAAUGGACUGACGGCAUAAAAUGCCUGCACACUCUACUUCCUGGUAAAACUGGAGAAGGCGUUCUUCUGGGAGGGGGAAGGAGGGCCAGCGGUGUUUGCCAGGUGCCUGUGAUGUGCCACACUCCCAGGGGAGCUUCUGCAGUCCCAUCACUGCAUCCCAACAAGCGUGAGGUGAUGUUGUCCCCACCUCAGUGAGGUUCCGUGGCCGGUCAGGGUCUCCCUCAGGUCAGUGGCAGAGUCUGGUUCAAACAGUCUGCACCCUCCGGAGUCCAAGGGAGCGUGCUGUGCGGGCUUCGGCUGACGUUUUCCUUUUCAGGGGAUGAACAAUCAGUAUGCCCGCCGGGAGGUCUUCUGCCGGAACACCUGUCACGAGCUCAAACGCUUCUGGGAAAGGGAGAUUGGCAAACAGACUUACUAUCGAGAGUCAGAGGAACACCGCCUGGGAAGAAGCGCCCUGAGAAAGCUCAGAGAAGAAUGGAAGCAGAGACUAGAAACAAAGCUGAGACUGCGGAACAAUCCAGAUGAGACUGAAAAGCGGGCCAAUGUUGGCUGAGAGCUUCUUGCUUCGUUGACACAAGAGAAUACACAGCACUGAGAUCACUCUGCCAGGAGAAGUUCAUGCAAAUCCCUGAGCCCCUUUGCUAUAGCAAACAGACCUCAAGCCACUGUUUCCCCCACCUGCGAGGGGAUUUAUCUGUAAAUCCUUUCCCAGGGCUAAAUGGGAAUAAUUAGCCAAGUCAGUCCUCUGCCUGGGGGCCAGAAUGUUAUCCCAGAUAUCCCUAAAGCUGAGAUUAUUUAAUAUCAAAGCUCCACACAGCAUAUUUUAUUUCUAUAUAAUUGUCUUCUAAUUUUGAAAUCCAAAUAUUGUGAAUUCUAAGCACACUAGGGGAGAUGAUCUUCACAGUCAUGCUUUAAACAGUGCAUAGUAGUUUUCCCCACAUUUCUCCUUGGAAAUAGUUUUAUGUAAUCCUAUCUCUUGUUUUCUUUUGAUGAAAAGAGAAAUGCACCUAUCGGCAGAAAUUAAAACAUUGUAAAUAGUCAUUAAGAGAAGGUUUGCAAAUAAAUUGAUCUAAUAUCAUUUUUUCUUCGAAUGAAUGCAAUUGGCUUAUUUGAAAACAUGUUUACCUAGAAUCGUUAAAUAAGGUCAGGAUAAUUUUAAUAAAACUUGGUUGUCUUGCCAUUACUAGUGUGCAUGCUCUUCAUUUUAUUGCUUUACUUUAAAUCUCUACAUGCUUUCACUGGUUAUCUCUCUGUCAGCUCAGCUAAAGUAUAUCUGGCCACCUCAACAAAGUGUUUGCCACAUAGAUUCUGGACUUUGAAAUGUCACUGUCACUCCCCAGCCAUCUCUCAGUUCCCCUUUAUAGGACUGCUGCUCCCAAAAGUGCAAAUUGCUCCUUGCCAACCAUGGCAAGGGAGCAGAGAGAUGCAUGCUGUAAAGUACCCGAUGGUUGUAGGAAGCACCUGCAAGGCCUUACAUACACAGGAGCAAUGUUACCAGGACACACACAGAGCAAGGCAAGGGCAAUUCCAGACAGUAGCGAGUGUAGUGUUCCAGUCCUCUAAAUGCCCUGAUGUGCCAUAAAGUGCUCCUAUCCACAUCCCUGAGCCCAGAAGCCUUCAUCAGGGUGAUAAGAGGCACCAAAAGGCAAGAAGUGUUGAGAGAUCAUUUUCCCAGGUCCCAUUCUCAUAUGAUCCAGGAAACAGGGCUCAGAGCCCUCCCUCCCACUACGGUCUCUCAUUCAAUCUGGGAUUCGAUCCAGCUAAUAAACUAUGAAUUCCAGCUGGGUUCAUUCGAGAGCAUUUUUAUGAAAGUGAAAUUUUUGUCGGGUAUAAGAGGAAAAUAGGAAUUAAAUAGAGGGAGAAGAGAAAUAGGGCUCACAGGCGGAGAGGCUCUCAGAAGCAAAGGCCUAUCAUCAUGAGCUGUAAAACACUGCCGCUGGAAUCAGCUGGAACCUACUGCUGGAAUGAAGCAGAGGGAGGCAGAAAAUGCAGGGGAAGAGUCAUUGUGCACUUACUCGUUCACCACAUGCCAGGCUCUGUGCUAGACAACUGGAAUACAGCAGAGAAGACCAGAAGCACUGGCUCUGGAGGCUACAGUCUAGGGAAGACGGCAGAAAAGUCAAGGCAAUUCAACGUGAGGGACUUUAGCACUGGGAGCCACAGCAGGCAAAUGUGCACACCCCAUGUGGGGACCCAUUCUGGCCUAGGGAGGGCUACUUAAGAACAGGCUAGUUAAGCCCAAGUAAGCAGGAUCCAGGUAAAGCUGAGAUUCAGGGCUCAUGGGUCCGGGCUCUUGAGAGAACACAUUCAAUAAGGCAGGAAUAGGAAUGAGGAGAAAGUGUAGGAAGAAUCUGUAAGAAUCAGCAUACAGGGCCUUUUUGGCUGAGAGUUUGAGCUUUUCCCAAGGGCACAGGAAGCCCCUGAAGGGUGUUAGCCAGGGAAAUGCCACAAUGGCCAUGGUUGUGAAAGGUUACUCCACACUGAAAGGUGGGAAGACCAGCCAGGAGCUUCUGCAGCUGCCUCCUGAGAAAUGAGAAGGCCACACUAAGACUCUGUGCCCUGGCAGCAAGGACUGGGAAAGAAAGGGAGAGGGAAGGGUAAGUGCCAUUUUCUCACAGUACUGCAGCUGGAAGCCCAAGAUCAAGGUCCCAGCCUGGUCAGUUUCUGGUAAGAGCUCUCUCUUGGCUUCCAAAUGGCCACCUUCUCACUGUGUCCUCAUAUGGCAGGGGAGAGGAAAGGGACAGAGAGAGAGCAAGCUCUCUGCUGCGUCCUCUUAUAAAGGCAUUAGUCCCAACACAAGUGCCCCACCCUCGUGACCUCAUCUAAACCUAAUUUUCUCUCAAAGUCCUCAUCUCCAAAUGCUGUCACAUUGGGAGUUAGGGCUUCAAUGUACGAAUUUGCAGAAGGGGGAGAGAUGAUCCACAGCUCAGCCCACAGCAGAAAGGGAUGCUUUACAUCUGUGUAUCAAGUCUUAGACACAUCCCUGGGCACAUCCCAUUUGUGAAACUGACCAGGAUCAACACAGCAAAAACUUUGAGAGCUGAACUAUGGUGUGGAACACUACCCAGGUUUCAAAUUGGCCUCUGGGUAGCACGCAACAGCAGACCACAAAAGCAGUCAAAGGCUUUGAAAAGUAAUUGACAUUUAAAACAUAGCCCACAAAAGUGGGCCAGGACAUGAUUCCUGGACAUAAAUAGAUUGACUGCCUGUUAAAAUAGAUAUGUAAAAAGGAGAGCCUCAUAAUCUUGGACUCAAAAUGUCCAGGAUAUAAUCCAAAAUUACUCAUACCAAGAGCCAAGAAAAUCUUAACUCAAAUGAGAAAGGAUAAUCAACAGACGCUAAUAGU